UUUAGCACAUUUAAACGAUGCGUGUUCUACAAUUUACUUUUAAACUUUUGACAAUUAUUGGAUGUUGGCGACCGGAGUCAUGGUCAUCAUUGUAUUUGCGCAUUGUUUAUGACACGUAUACAGUUUUUAUGGUUAUAUUACUGUACACAUUUUUGAUAUCGCAAUUUUUGGACAUAAUUUGGAAUGUCAAGACUGCCGAAGAAUUCACUGAAAAUUUCUACGCUACAUUGGCAUCGGUCGUUUCGUGCUCCAAAAUGCUUAGUCUGCUGGUAAAUCGAAAUAACAUUAAUACAUUAACCAAUAUACUUAUCGAAAAACCAUAUAGGCCAUUGGAAGGUGACGAGAUAAAAAUUCGAUAUAAAUUUGACAGGCUGAUACAUACUAACACACUCUGCUAUACGAUACUGGUAGAAACAACUUGUGCAUGUAUCUCCAUGACAUCUUUACUCACAGAAUUUAGAAAAGGAAACUUGACAUAUAAAGCAUGGCUGCCAUAUGAUUACCAUUCCUCUACCAUUGUGUUUUGUCUCACGUACGCUCAUCAACUUAUUAGCUUGACAGCCGGAUCGCUCGUCAAUGUGGCCUGCGAUAGUCUCAUUUGUGGAUUGUUGGUGCAUAUUUGCUGUCAAAUCGAGAUUUUAGAGUGCCGACUUAGCAAAUUAUCCAAUGAAUAUAAUAAUCUUCGCGACUGUGUACGUCACCACGACGGUAUAUUUAAAUAUGCAUUCAAAUUGAACAGCAAGUUCAAAAUGACUAUCGCUAUGCAAUUCAUCGUAAGUACGAUGGUGGUAUGCUCCAAUUUGUAUCAGAUGUCUAAAUCAUCAAUAAAUGCGAGUUAUCUUCCCUUACUGCUGUAUAUGUCUUGCAUGUUGACACAAAUUUUUAUUUAUUGUUGGUAUGGAAACGAAGUAAAGUUAAAGAGCACUCAAUUAUUGAAUAAUAUUUUUGGAAUGAAUUGGCUUGCACUGAACAAAGAUCUAAGAGAAAGCCUAUUAAUAAUUAUGAAUCGCACAAUAAUACCAAUCGAAUUUACCAGCGCUUAUGUUCUUUCCAUGAAUAUUGAUUCUUUCGUCGGGUUGCUUAAGACCUCAUACUCGGUUUAUAAUUUAUUAAAACAAGUGUAA